AUGGAUUGCGGACCAACUCUCGAUAUUGGUGACUUCCCAGACGAAGAGGAUGGUGCAGAAGGACACAAAGUAAAACUGAUUCCAGUAAAUAUGUUGUGUUUCUACAAGAUAAGAGAGGAGCUUGGGAGAAGUAAGUUAGCAUUUGAGAAAGAUACUUGUCAAAAAUUUGCAGUGAAGAUCAUUAGUAAAGAAAACUUCUCUGUUGGACCCCAGUUAGAUAGAGCCGCUAUGGAAGAGGUCACGAUUAUCAAAUCAAUGCAACAUCCCUGUAUUAUACGUGUUGAAGAUUUGUUUGAAAGUACUGAUGCACUUUAUAUAGUUCUAGAACUUGUUGAAGGAGGAGAAACUGUUGAUAGAGUUGUGAGUGUAGGAAAGUUUUCUGAGUCAGUAGCAAAACUUCUCUUUUAUCAGAUUUUAGUAGCUGUUAAGUAUUUGCAUGACAAAGGUAUCACACAUAGGGAUCUUAAGCCUGAGAAUAUACUUCUCUCAUCAGACGAAAAUGAAACUCUUAUUAAAGUCACUGAUUUUGGUCUCUCCAAGUUUGUAGGAGAACAAUCACUCAUGAAAACUCUCUGUGGUACUCCUAGCUACUUAGCUCUGAGCCAGCCACACCCCUUCUUUUGCACCAUCAAGAUGGAGUUGUCACAAAGUACACUUCGAGGGCUACAAGUCGCAGGAUCUUCUUCAUUUGACGACAAAACAUUCGCAAGACUUGCACAACUUGCUGUACAAGCUACUCUAGAAGAUCUGGACCCGCAAACCUUACAAGGCCUAGGCGGCGAAUCAGUAAAAAUUCACACGGAAGAAGACUGGUCAGCAGAAGAAGCAUGCCCGCCAUAUGAAAAGAGUAAACUAAAAAAGCAGAGAGCUGCAUUGGAUUUCAUGAAAAACCUUGAAGACAAAAACUUUCGACCUAAUCACCAAAGAAAAUCCAGUAGAAGACCCAAAGCAGAAGAACCUAAAGCAGAAGAAACUCCAGUAGAAGAACCCAAAGCAGAAGAAACUCCAGUAGAAGAACCCAAAGGAGAAGAACCUAAAGCUGAAGAAACUCCAGUAGAAGAACCAAAGGAGAAGAACCUAAAAGCUGAAGAAACUCCAAAGAACCUAAAGCAGAAGAAACUCCAGCAGAAGAACCUAAAGCUGAAGAACCCAAAGCUGAGGAAAACUUCAGUAGAAGAUCCUAAAGCUGAAGAAACUCCAGCAGAAGAACCCAAAGCAGAAGAAACUCCAGCAGAAGAACCUAAAGCUGAAGAACCCAAACUGAGGAAACUUCAGGAGAAGAUCCUAAAGCUGAAGAAACUCCAGUAG